AUGGUCUCUUUCAAAUCCUUCUUCUGCGCCUUGAUGGCUGCUACUACGGUCCUGGCUGCGCCUUUCGAUUUCCUCACUGAAGAGGUCGAUGAUGGAAACUCGACUCUCCUCUCCAAGCGUGCAGGCACUCCCAGCGCUGAGGGUACCCACAAUGGUUACUUCUACUCUUGGUGGACCGAUGGUGGUGGUAACGCCCAGUUUACCUUGGGCGAGGGUUCUCGCUACUCUGUUCAGUGGCAGAACACUGGCAACUUUGUUGGUGGAAAGGGUUGGAACCCUGGCACUGGCCGCCCUCAGGGCAAUGGCUACCUUGCUGUCUAUGGUUGGACUAGAUCGCCCCUCGUCGAAUACUAUGUGAUCGAGUCCUUCGGUACCUACGACCCCAGCAGCGGUGCUCAGUACAAGGGCAGCUUCUCCACUGAUGGCGGCAACUACAACGUGUACGUGUCUACUCGUACCAACCAGCCUUCUAUCGAUGGCACCCGCACCUUCCAGCAGUACUGGUCUGUCCGUCAAGGCAAGCGUGUCGGCGGUACCGUCACCAUGCAGAACCACUUCAACGCCUGGGCUAGAUUCGGCCUCAACCUGGGUCAACACUACUACCAAAUUGUGGCUACAGAGGGCUACCAGAGCAGUGGCAGCUCUGACAUCUAUGUCCAGACCAAGUAA